UGCUAUCGGCCCAUCGAAUGUCAACAAAUAACGAAAGAAGAAGAUUUUUAACAUUAGUCAUGGGGGCAUUAUUUGGGAAAAGCAGCAAAAAACCGGCCAUUAGCCGGAUUACCGACCAGGACAAGGCGGUGCUGCAAUUGAAGCAGCAGAGGGAUCGCCUGAAGCAAUACCAGAAACGCAUUGAGACGCAAUUGGAGAAUGACAGACUUAUGGCCAGGAAGUGCCUGCAGCAGGGUCGCAAGGACCGGGCCAAGCUGCUGCUACGCAAGAAAAAGUACCAAGAAAGUCUACUGACCAAUACCGACAAACAGCUGGAGAACCUGGAGAAGUUGGCCGCCGACCUUGAGUUCGCCCAGGUGGAAAUGAAGGUGCUGGAUGGCCUGAAGGCGGGCAAUGCGGCCCUUAAAAAGGUUCACGAAAUGCUGGACAUAGACGAGGUGGAACGAAUCAUGGACGAAACUCGCGAGGGCAUCGAAAAGCAGCAAGAAAUCGACGCCAUACUGACCGAUGUGCUGACCACGCAGGACGAGGAGGAUGUCUUAGCGGAAUUGGAUGCUCUUGAGGCAGAGGAAGAGCAGCAGAAGGGCAUCCAGCUGCCCGAGGUGCCCACCGAGGACCUGCCCGCCGCGGCGGAUAGCGAAUCCGUAGAGGAGCCGGCAAAAACCAAAGCAAUUAGCAGCAAACCCAAGAAAGUCCUAGUGGAGGCUUAGACCCAAAAUCAAAUCGAAACCAAUGCCAUUUUGUAUAUGUAUGUAUAGCCGUUCAACUAAAUAUCUCUUUAAGUCCAAUGUGAAAUACAUAUUUUUAUAGAUUAA